GCUGAAGGCCAGGUGGUGGCGACGGUGGUCAGUGCUCAGGAGAUCAGAGUGGUGGCUGAGCUGCUCCAGAUCUCUCCUGAGGGACUCCAGAAGGCCAUCACACACAAAGUCAUGGAUACGGUCCGGGAGCAGAUCUACACUCCCCUGACAGUAGAGAGCGCUGUGGAUGCCAGAGACGCUGUUGCCAAGAUCCUGUACACCCUUCUGUUUCAUUGGCUGACUGAGAAGAUAAAUGGGCGGGUCUAUCCUCGCAACGAGGCGCUGUCCAUCUCUAUACUGGAUAUAUACGGCUUCGAGGAUCUGUCAUUCAACAGUUUUGAGCAGCUGUGUAUCAACUAUGCCAACGAGACGCUGCAGUUCUACUUCAACAGGAUCAUCUUCAGGGAGGAGCAGGAGGAGUACAUCCGGGGAGCAGAUCAGCGCAGGAGCUUCCCCUUCAGCGACAACCAGGCCGUCAUCGACCUCAUCGCCGCUAAGCCCCAUGGGAUACUGAGGAUCCUGGACGACCAGUGCGGCUUCCCCCAGGCGACAGACCACACCUUCCUCCAGAAGUGCAACUAUCACCAUGGGAACAGCGAUCUGUAUGCCCGGCCAAAGAUGCCCCUCCCAGAGUUCACACUGAAACACUACGCUGGGAAAGUCACCUACCAAGUGCAUAAGUUCCUCCAUAAAAACUUUGACCUGGUGCGUCAGGAUGUCCUGGAGCUGUUCAGUAGGAGUAAGAACCGCAUGGUGUCCAACCUGUUCCUCAAACACAGUGAGGCGCUGGCAUCUCAGCAGCGUUCUGCCGCCAGGAGGGGCUCCACCGCACGCCGCCUCACCGCCAACACCGUCAGCGCCAAGUUCCAGAGCAGCCUGCAGGACCUGGUGGAGAAGAUGGAGAGAUGUAACCCGUACUUUGUGCGCUGCAUCAAGCCGAACCACCACAAGGAGCCGGGCCAGUUUGACAUGGACCUGGUGAAGACUCAGCUACGCUACUCUGGUAUCCUGGAGACCAUACGCAUCAGGAAGGAGGGAUACCCAAUCAGAAUACCCUUCUACCACUUCCUCAACAGGUACAAGGCAUUGCUGUGUCUAAAGGAGGUACCUCCAGCGGACGGGGAGACCUGUGUUGAGAUGCUCUAUAAGAUCUGUCCUGUUAAACCUGGAACAUACCAAGUAGGAGUUACCAAGAUGUUCCUGAAGGAGGAGCUGUAUCAGCUGCUGGAGUGGAGGCGUGGCCUAGUGCUCCAGGUGGCUGCCAGGACUCUGCAGCAUUACACACGUCUGUACUUCAUCAGGAAGAAGAGGAACAAGUUCAGAGACGCCAUGCUGAAACUACAGAGCCGUUGUAGAGGACACCUGGCAAGGAAGAGGUUUGCUCUGAAGAGGAAGUACCUCAUCAAGUUCCGUUCCAUCGUGUUGCUCUACAUCAACCGUCGACGCUAUAUGAAGGAGCGGGCCAAUAGAGAAGUGGUGAACGUUACAACUCUGCCCAUCCCUGCUGAGCUGGAAGCCCUGCUGCAGGCCACUGCAGGUGGCAGGGAGCUCCACUCUGAGUGUCUAGCUCUGGUCCAGGCCCCUAAGGUCCAGGUGGAUCCUCAGCUGACUCUGCCGCUCGACAUCAACAACUACCUCAUCACUCACUACAUACGGACCGUAUUCAGGGUUAAGAACCCCCAGGGGGCACAGUACCCCCUGGUUAAGAACCCCCAGGGGGUCACAGUUAAGAACCCCCAGGGGGCACAGUACCCCUGGUUGGGAACCACCGUUCUAGAACCAUACUUUACCAGUAGUUCUAUGGUUAAGAACCCCCAGGGGUCACAGUACCCCUGGUUGGGAACCACCGUUCUAGAACCAUACUUUACCAGUAGUUCUAUGGUUAAGAACCCCCAGGGGGGCACAAUUCUGAGGUUCAUGGGGGACCCCGACCUGAACGGAGCUCAGGAGAACCUGUUUGGGAACUACAUCGUCCAGCGAGGACUGGCCAAUCAGGGCCUCCGAGACGAGAUAUUGGCGCAGGUAGCCAAUCAGGUGUGGCGAAACGUCAACCCUCAGAACUCAGAACGCGGGUGGCUCCUCCUCUCAGCCUGUCUCUCCACCUUCCCUCCCUCACAGAGGAUGGAAAAGUACCUGCUCAAGUUUGUGUCAGACUACGGUCUGGGAGGAUAUGACUGUGUGUGUCAGCACCGCCUACUCCAGGCCAUGCAGAGGUCGUCACUAGGUUACCACGGCGCCCGAACCUACCCGCCCUGUCUGCUGGAGUGGACAGCCAAUCGCAAGAGAGCUCACACUGUACUACAGAUAUACUGCUUCAAUGGUGUGUCCUUCCUGUGUCCACUACACUCCUGGACCACUGGAGAGGUCCUGGCCAGAGACAUCUUACAGCACAGUGGUGUGUCUGAGGUGGGGCGGGGCUGGUCUGUGUUGCUACGGGAACCGUCCCAGUGGGUGGAGCUAGAGGGUAGUGACUACGUGUUGGACCUGAUCUCAGACCUGGAGUUGCCGGCUGACUUCUCCAAACAGAAGAGCUGCUUCAUCACAUCAGCGCAGGACCCUGGCGGACUCAGGGCUAACGCUACCCCCUUCAGGUUCCAGAGGCUGGGGGCAUACAGUAGCCUGAUGGGCAGUGGGUUUGGAGCAGAUGAAGGCCACUCCAGACCUUCCGCCAUGCACACCACCGGUAUACACAGCUCUGACGGUCUCUACGGACAAGACUCAGAGCCCCAGAGAGGGAUGGACCGUUACCUUGACAUCCUGUUUGACCCUGUUCUCUCUGACGGCAGUGGGGACCUGGAGCACCCAUCUGGUCUCUCCAACAGGAUGCGGGGUGGUGGGGGUGUCGGAGGGGGGAGAGGGGACCCCCAGCCGGGCUCCAGCACCCCCUACUCCACCCAACCACCCCCUGGAGCGGUGAGGGUUCUGCCGAUGUUGCCGGUGGUCCCGGUGGUCCCGAUGGUCCCGGUGGCUCCGGCGGAUCCAGUGGCUCCAGUGUCUCCGGUCACUUCUGUAGUAGACCAACAGCAUGCUGUCAUGGCCCAGCAGCAACAAGCCAUCAUGAACCAACAGGCCAUUAUUAUGGCCCAGCAGAUGACGAUGCAGGCCAUGGCUUUAGUAACCUCCCCCCCCAUCCUCCCCAACCCCCACUGCCUUCCGCCUGGCCCCUACACACACUUCCCCCCAAGCCCGUACGCUAACAUCCCACCCAGUCCUUAUGCUGUCACGCCUCCUAGCCCCUAUACUGCUGUCCCUGGCACCUCCAGUCCAGCCAGCCCCCCUGACCCCUAUCCUACCUCCCAGACCCAGACCCAGACCCCCAGACCCAACUCCACUACCCAGCCUGCCCCUGUCUCCCGUGGGGCUAGCCAGCCCACCAGUCCCGAGGUACAUCCACAUCCAGCCUGGAACCUGAACCCCCAGCAGGCCAAGCUAGCAGGUAACGACAGUGUUCCUCAUCAGAAGGCUCCAGCCAUCCCCAUCAACAAGGAACCUGCCAAGAAGUUUGCCCCGGUGGUGACCAGUCCUCCGCCCCCUGCUGGUGAGGUGGUGAAGUCAUCGGUGUUGCCUCAGGUAGACAUCGUCCCCAGCAGUAACAUCAAGGAUAUCAUCAGACAGUACGACUCUCCUCCGCCCCUGACUGAUGCCCUACCACCCGGCAAGAGGAGACCAGAGGGGAAGUUUAUGAAGAUACAGAAUCCUCGUGAUGAAGCUCUACAGAUCCUCAAAUCCCAGAUGGACGACCCACCACCACCAAAGCCCAAGCGUCCAGCAGGCCCAACCCCCUCUGCGAUGGCUCUAAAGGAAGCAGGGAUUAAACCUACCAAGAGUGCCAAGAAGAGAGCCCCGCAAUGCCCUGAACCACUCCCUCUGCCAGUAUCACGGGAGCUGCCAGUGGAGGCGGAGACUAUUCAGACACAGCUCCAUCGCAGCACAACACAGGAACACUACACCUACACCAACGUCCCCUGGAGGAUCUACCUCAGGAAGGAGGUGUUCUACCCUAAAGACAGCUCCAACCAUCCCCUGGUGCUGGACCUCAUAUUCAAACAGAUAGUGAAUGACACUCUGUCUGAGGCGUGUGUUAGAAUCUCCAGUCGGGAGAGGGUGAAGAUGAAGUCUCUGUUUGAGAAACAUGGCAUAGAACAUAACAUAGACACAGUGGACGAGGCAGUGAAGAAGGAAGUUGUCACAGCAGCCAGGGAAUCCUGGGAUAUCUACUUCUCAUGCCUGUUUCCUGCCUCUGGUAGUGCGGGUACAGGUGUCCAGGUGCUGUCUGUGUCUCACAGUGGGAUCAAGCUCCUGAAGACAGUGAAGAGCAGCGCUAAAGAGUCGGACUACUUCAGAGUCCUACGACCUUACAGCUACGCGGACAUCCUUUUUGUGACCAUGCCUUCAGAGAACAUGCUGGAGUUUAAUCUAACCAAUGAGAAGCUGAUUCUGUUCUCAGCCAAGGCUCCACGGGUCAAACACAUGGUGGACUGCUUCAUCACUGAGAUCAAGAAGGACUCUGAGUAUGUGGUAGCAGAGCGUAACUUUGUGACAGACGAGCGUUCUCUGCUCACUUUCCAUAAAGGUGACAUCAUCAGGUUGCAGGUCAUGGACGGACUGCAAAAGGGGUACAGCUAUGGCGCUGUUGUGAGGAAGAAGGUGGUGUUUCUGGAGGAGAUAAAGACGUCAGACUUUGGCUGGAAGUUUGGAGCGGUGUGUGGUCGUGCAGGGGCGUUCCCGUCAGAUUGUGUCCGUCCCGUCGCCGCUCCUGAUUUCAUGUCCCUCCCGGCCGACCGCAGGGCGGCGCUUAAAGGAGGAGCAGGGCGUGUUGCCGUGACAUCAGCUAUGGCUGUGGCCGUGGCGUCCAGCGCUGCCGCUCACGAGAUAGACCCCACCCUGGAGGAGGGGUUUGAUGAGUUCCUAGAGAUGGACGAGCGUUCUCCGGGACACCCAGAGGGGUUUGAUGAGUUCCUAGAGAUGGACGAGAGCGUUCUCCGGGACACGCAGUACGACAUGGUGGAGUUCGCCAAGAAAUACUACAGACAACCAGCUGCCAAGGGUGCCUCUGUGAAGUCCAAGAAGCCCAAAGACACCAGAGAUCCCUUUGAAAUGGUCAGGUUCUCCAAGUCUGAAUCUCUGAUAGAUUUCUCUGAUCCUGCUAUGAACAGAGUGGCUACAGACAUCUUCCUAUCGGUGAUGCGUUUUAUGGGAGACCACCCCCUGAAGGGACUGACAGAACAGGAAGUAGUCAAGACCUUCCUCAAGCUGAUUGGAGAGUUUGGUCUGAUGAAGGAUGAAGCCUACUGUCAACUCCUCAAACAGAUUACAGGAAACACCAGCUCUAAACCGGACAGUUGUCAGCGUGGUUGGAGGUUGCUCUACAUCCUGACUGCAUUCCAUCGCUGCUCCGAGGUCCUGAAGCCCUUCUUGUUAAAGUUCCUACAGGACGCCUGCUGCAGCCAGGGAGGACUGUUUCAGGGUAUAGCGAAGGCUUGUGAGCAGAACCUGAGGAAGACCUAUCGGUACGGAGGACGCAUCAUUCCUCCUAGCGGCAUGGAACUCAAAGCUAUGCUGGCGGGGAGGAGCUCCAAGCGACAGCUGUUCCUGUUCCCAGGAGGCAUCGAACGCCACCUGAAGAUCAAGACGUGCUCUGUGGCUCUGGAUGUGAUAGAGGAGCUGUGUUAUGAGAUGGGCCUACACAGACUGGAGGCCAUUGACGAAUACACUGUCUUCCUGGUCACGAGAAGAGGUCAGAAUGUCCGUCCCCUCAAUAAGCAGGAGUACAUCCUGGACAUUACUACGGAGGCGGAGCCAGUGGACAGUACCUACAGCCUGUGGUUCAGGAGGGUCAUCUGGACACAGACGCUCAAAUUAGACAACGAGCUCUGGGUCACCAUGCAUUAUAACCAGGUGCUUCCAGACUACCGUAAGGGCCUGAUGAACAUCCUGCCCAGAGGUAAAGUCUCUGAACAGCAGUUCCUCCAGAUCUCUAAACUAUCAGCUCUACAACACAGAGCCAAGGACAUCACAUUCAUACCCAGCAUCCAUGAGUUGUCAGAGUACACCCCCCCCCCCCUGUUCGGGAAGCAGCCCCCCCAGGCAUGGGUCACCAUGGUAACACAGCACAUGCAGCAGGUCCAGACCCUCAGCCCGCACCAGGCCAGAGCUCAGUUCCUGG